AUUUGUUGCCUUGCUUGUGGAAGGUUCAUUAGUUUGUUGGAAUAUAUAUUUGGUUAGUUAAUUAAUUUCUCUUUUCAGUCUGUAAUUUUGUUCAAUUCUUGCUCCUCUAAUUUUUUGGUGAACUUUUAAAAGCCAUGGAUAGUGACGAUGACUGUCUCAUUGUGAAGGAAGACAUCAAGUCUCCUGCAGUGAAGAAACCUCAAGUGAAACCUCUAAUGAAAACAAAGCAAGCACGUCUAUCAUUUGUCCGACUUCCUGGCAAGAGCCCUCGUGAUAGCCAUGUCACCACCGCUAUUGCUGCAAAAGGUAAAGGCACAAAACCUCGCUCAGUCUCUCCUGCUAAAAUAAGGAAGAAGCGCCAGCGUUCAGGACCUUCUACGCAGGCUGAUCAGCCUAAACCUAAGAAAGCUGGGCGGGUUGUUCCCAUUAGAAGGAAAUGUGCUUCUUCUGAUGAAGACAAGAGCAAAUUAAACCCGUUGAAUAAAAAAUGCAAACCUGUGACAGAAGAAGAGAAGAUCGAACCUGCCUCUUUGUCUCUCCUCCAGAAGUUUGUUUGCAAAAAGCCUACCCACCAAGAUGAAGUGUCCACAUCUGAUGAGACUUAUAAGGGUAAAGAUAACUCUGAACGACAUGGAAAUGAUUCAGCUAUUGAUGUUGCAGGGGAUGAUGAGGAUAUUAAGUGUCCUGCUAAGAAAGAUUCAAGUGACAGUAAUGGUGCGGCAGAGGAUGAAAUGUGCACCCAAGUCGAUGAUUCUGAAGCAGCCAAAUCAGGAAGAAAAUCAGUUUUAGAAGUAAUUGAAAGUGUUGUAAACAGAGGAGGCAGAGCUUCUGUCAAAACGCGUGAUAAUAAUAAUGAUGCACUUGAAGAUGAAUUAACUAAGAGUAACAAGCGGAAAAUUAGCAGUGACACAGAUAAAUCUCCUAGCUGUGAAAAAGAGAACUGCGCCAAGCCACCAUCACCUAAGAGGAGCAGAAAUGUACUCACUGCAUUUAUACAAAUGGGAGGCAAAAAGUCUCAUAAGGGCGUAAGCUCAACAUUGCAGGAUACUAGCCCUGAUUCUGUAGCUGAAAGUAAGUCAUCAACCUCUGCAGAAAAGGAGAAAGUGAUGGCAAAUGCUGAUCAACCAGUAGAAACUAGUACAGCUAAGGAGGAGGUAGAAGAUAGUAACAGAACUCAUCCUGAAGUAAUAAAACCCAACAGUAAAAAUUGCACGAUGUUGAAAUAUUUUAGCAAGAAAAGUUCGGAAUCUGAUCUUGCAGUGACAGCAAAAGCUAAGAACAAGUCCAAGUCUCCUCCUUGUAUGGAGAAAGAAAGUACAGCAGCCUCUAUGUCUGAUACAAACAGUACAAAUGAAUCCUCAUCUGCUUCGCUGCCUGAGGAUAGUGAUGAACCUGCAUCGCCAUCACGUUCAAAAAAUGUAGUGGGAACUCAAGCAGAUGCUACAAGCAGGAAGAUGAUCACUCCAGCUCGGAAAACUGUUCAAGACAAUGAAGGCUGCGCUGAGGCUGCUACACCAAAAACUUGUAAAAAUAAACUAACUCCUAAGGCUGCAGCCAAACUUGCAGAGAAAAAGCUGCGAGAAGAACAACGUCUCAAGGAGCAUGAGGAGAAGCUCAAAGAGAAGGCUAAGAAAGUAGCUGAACGAUUGAAAUUAAAAGAAGAGAAGAGAAUGGAGAUUGAGAAACAACGAUUGGAAAAAGAGGAACAGAAGAAGAAAAAGCAAGAAGAACAGGAAAUCAAGAAUAGAGAAAAGGAAGAGAAGCGGAAAAAGGUUGAAGAAGAGAAGCGUGCAAAAGAAGAAGAUAAACGGUCUAGGGAAGAAGAGAAGAAGAAAGCUGAGCAAGAAGAGGAAGACCGUAAAAAGAAGGUGGCUGAGAAAUUUGCCAAUUUCUUCAAAACCGGCAAGGAAGAGCCUGCACAAAAAACUGUUGAGGCUAGAGACAACUCUGGACCUUUCCAACAAAUGCAGGUUUGCCGCAACACAGCACUGGCCCCAACACAGCGCACGCGUCUCAGUGACGACGCCCGCGCAUUUCUGGACGAUCUCCUUGGGGCCACACCAGGCGACGCGCUCACUACUUACUUGGACGCCCUGCGCUCUGGUGAACAUAAACCCAUGACCUGCGCUGCCACUCCUCCUGCUGUCAUCAUUCAAGAUUCCAAAGAUGAUUGUGUUAUCAUUGAGCAAGAGCCUGAGGACGAUGAUGACGAGGACGGCUCCGACUUUGCUAGCGAGGACAUGGUCGUAUGCAGGGAGAAGAAUAUUAAAGACGCCAAGAACCACAGAGGCAAACUCCUCAAGUUCUGCGAGAAUCGCCGUCCUGCGUACUGGGGCACCUGGACUAAAAAGCCUGCUGCUGUGGGACCUAGGAAACCUUUUGCUAAAGAGGAGAUCUUUGACUAUGAGUACGACAGCGAUGAUGACUGGGAAGAAGAAGAAGAGAAUGGUGAGAGCUUGAGUGACAGUGAAGGCGAGAAAGAAGAUGGUGAGGACGAACAAUAUGAAGUUGACAACGAUUUCUUUGUCCCUCACGGCUACCUCUCAGACGAUGAGGGUCAGGAUGAUAAACUCGAUGGUUCGGAGGACAACACUGCUGAGGAAGACGGUGCUCACAAUGAUGCUCCUGCACUCAUUGAUAACAAGGAAAAGCUAAAGGCAAAGCAAGCUGAGUUUGAGAAGGAGCUGAAGAAGCAGACCAAGCAGCUCAAGCCACGCGUUCUGGGGUGCCUCUGGCUGCACGAGGAGGAACAGUCCAGCGGAGCUGCGUUUGAUCAUCUACACCGCGUGUUGAGUGGCUACAGCGUCGUGAUCUGCACACCACCACCCUCACCUCCCGCUGCCAGCGACAGCACUGAGCCUCCUGCCACCUCAACACCUGCAGAAACUUCCGUCACUGAUAAGGAAGCAGCAGUGGAGCGUAUGCACAGUUGGUACCUGACACUACCAGGCAUCCCGUGCGUGGCGUUAGGCUCGCCUCAACCUGAGCAGCACAGCGCUUCUGAUAUAGACACGCCCCUCACUGCCACCGCCGGAGCCAGCAAGCUCAACUUCCGCAAGACCUUCCCUGAAGAAGCAAUACCAUCACUAAUUCGUCUGAUACACGGCAACCGUCACAGUCAACGGUACCUAGUCGAGGAGUUCUAUCAGUUUUGGCAGCUAAAAAUGCAAGAUUCUGCUGCUUCAGAUAAUCAACACGCAUCUACGCCUAAUUCAUCUCGUCUCCAGGGGUCCAAUGUGUUGUCUAAGAUGAAGAUCAAGGCUAAAAUAGCACUGCUGGGAUGUUACAAAAAAUGUCCUGAAGAAGGUCCUUUCAGCCAUCGCGCCAUGUGGUACGUUAAUGCUGAUGUCCGGCAGCAGUACGGGCUACAAGACCUGGCACUGCCGAAUGAAUGGAUUUACUGCACAGGCAAACCAAAAGACAAUCGUUUCAAAGAGGAUAGCAUUUGUGGAGACUCGCCGACUUCUGUCAGGACUACAAAUCUCAUCUCUAAGUUCACCAAAGUGCUCACUGACCAAGAAAAGUCUGCUCUCGUCGCCAGCAAGAGUAGUAAUGGAAUAAUGACUCCUGAUAACAACAUUUCAAAAGGAAGUAGCCAAGUUCUGGGAGGAUUGUCGCCUAAUGAUGUUGACCAUGCAAAGAAAGAAAAGAAUGUCACGGCAACUAUUGACAAGAAAUCUAGAAAGAAAUCUGGUGUCGGUAAAUCCACAGCCACAGAAAGCGAAAAACUUUCCAAGACAACCUCUCCUAAAAAUUCGCCAUUGCUGGCAUUCUUCAAAACGCCCCAGCGUUCCACCUCGAAAAAAACGCCGGUCACUGGUCUUCCAACUGAGGGGGCAAAGGGUGGCAAGUCAACUAUAUGUAUAGAGGAUGAUGACUGCAUCACUCUAGAUUAAUUUGCUUCUAAACUGAAUUCGAGCCGAUAAUUCCUUUUCUAUAUAAUGAGCAAAACUGCUCCAAAUAUUGCAUCUCUGCUCCAUUCGGUUAAAUCUCCUAUUUUAAAAAUUUCACUCGCAGAACUUUUAUUCUUGUGUGCCUGUCAAUUUAGAAAAACCUUCUUUUAUCCGUCUUCUAGAAGAAUACCAGAUGCGAGUGACCGCGUGUAUCUUUUUUCCGAUUGCCGAAGGUUUAUUAAUUUGGGCCUGAAUUCUUCACUUAGAUUAAAUGGCAGUUACAUUCCUGUCUUUGAAUGUUCUGUAUGUAGUUUUUAUUUGAGAUAAGAUUUUUCUUCGUGUCUAGCUUAAUAUUUUAUUGUCAAUUACCUGCCCUUGUCAUUGCAGGAGAAUAUUCACUAUCUACCAUCUAAUAUAUCGAUAUAAGUAAUCAAGUGCAAAAUCGUUGGCAAACACGAGAAUUGAUAUUUUUCGAAAAUAUCUAUUGAACGAACAUCUUUCUGACAUUAACUUUUUACAUUAUUCUUAAAAUAUGUGCCUCAGUUAUAUUUGUAACCAAAUUCACUUAUGUCAAAAAUGUUAAUGAUAUUUUUAUAGAUUACAAAUAUUCUUCCAUAUUUUAGAACUGUUCAAUUCAAAUUAAAUGUUUUUUUCCUCU